UGAGCUGAGUGACUUGUCCGGUUAUUUGAAGAUCUUUGGAGUUUUGCUUCUCUCCGCUCAUCUUAUUCGAUGACCAUUGGAGUUUGGUUUCUCUCCGCUGAGUGACUCAUCAGAUUAUUAGAUGAUCUUUGAAGUUAUGCUUUUCUCCGCUCAGUUUAUUCGAUGACCUUUGAGGUUCGGUUUCUCUCCGCUGAGUGAAGCAUUUCUCCUAUUUGACGAUCUUUGGAGUUCGUCUUCUCUCCGCUGAGCUUAGUGACUCGCUCGGUUAUUUGACGAUCUUUGUAGUUUUGCUUCUCUCCGCUCAGUUUAUUCGAUGACCAUUGGAGUUCAGUUUUUCUCCGCUGAGUGACUCAUCCGAUUAUUAGAUGAUCUUUGGAGUACGGUUUCUCUCCGCUGAGCUGGGUGAGAUAUCGCGUGCAGAGACGAUCUUCGCAGUGCCGGUCCUCUUCGCUCUGGUGACCCCGAGUAAUGAACCCGCUUUCGGCCGUAAUUCCUCCGUUUAACCGGCUUGUGCUUCUUCUUCCUCAGCUUUAACCCUCGGAUAUAUAUAUUUACGCAGUGUAUAUUUUAUAUGUACGUGUGCGGGACUGCGGACAUGUUCUGAGCGCUGACUCUGUGAGCGAUGCCCGGCUCGCGCCCCGACGGGUCCGGACCGGCGGGGGUUCUGUGGGCUCUUCGUCCCGGAGGAUGCAGCUCCGCGGUUCCGUCCUCGUGUUCUCCGCGCUGGCGGUGCUGGUGAGCUGCAGCGGGCCGUGCCGGCACCGAGCCCCGCCUCCCGGAGAGGUCGUGCACCACGUGCACCUUAAGCCAGAGCGGCUGACGAAGAGGAGCUCCCCUCACGACCUUCAGCUGAAGAUAAAGGUCAUCUACGACUACAGCGUGGACCGGCUUCCUGCAGACCAGAGGAGGCUGGUGAAGGAGCAGCUGUUCCCUCCGGCCAUCGACUCCCUCCAGAGGGCGUUCAGCGUGCGGCGCCGGGCGGGUCCAGUGCUGCUCAGCAGACAAUGUGCCACCAACCAGUACCUGAGGAAGAGAGAUGACCCUCACCGCUACUGCCAGGACGCCUGUGCGGACGUCACCCGGUGCGGCCCCGUCGUUGUGCCACAGCACCACCUGCAGCAAUGCAAGGUGUGCAGUGAAUCGGGGAAGUCCUGCGGCCCCCUGGGGCCCCCCGACGGCCCCGGGGUGGGGGGGUCCGACUUCGUGCUCUACGUCAGCGGCAUUACCACGGAGCGCUGCGGCCAGGAGAACAUCGUGGCCUACGCUGCCUACUGCCAGCUGGAGGCGGAGCUGGACAGGCCGAUAGCAGGCUACGCCAACCUGUGUCCCGCCAUGAUCUCCUCUCAGCCGCAGGAGUUGGAGGGGAUGCUCUCCACCGUCAAGCACGAGGUCAUCCACGCUCUGGGGUUCUCUGCCGGUCUGUUUGCCUUCUACCACGACGACGAGGGCAAACCUCUGACUCCUCGCUUCGCCAGCGGUCUGCCCGCCUUCAACGAGAGUCUGGGUCUGUACCAGUGGAGCGAGGCUGUGAUCAGGAGGGUCAGCCGGCUGUGGGACAUCAGAGGAGGAGUGAUGGUCCGACACCAAGUCCACGUCCUCGUCACGCCCCGAGUCGUGGAGGAGGCGAGGAGACACUUUAACUGCCCCAUCCUGGAGGGCAUGGAGCUGGAGAACCAGGGAGGAACGGGGACGGAGCUGAACCACUGGGAGAAGAGACUCCUGGAGAACGAGGCGAUGACGGGCUCCCACACCCAGAACCGGGUGUUCUCCCGCCUGACGCUGGCCCUGAUGGAGGACACCGGGUGGUACCGGGCCGACUACAGCCAGGCCCAGAGGCUGGACUGGGGCCGCGGGCUCGGCUGCGACUUCGUCAUGAAGAGCUGCAAGUUCUGGAUGGACCGGCAAAAACAGAGACGUCACCCUGUGACUCCGUACUGCGACACGGUGAGGGCGUCUCCUCUGCAGCUCACCUGCAGACAGGACCAGCUCGCUGUGGCCGUCUGCAACCUGCAGAAAUACCAGCAGGAGCUGCCGCUGGAGUACCAGUACUUCGAGAGGAUCCCAGACGUGUCCCCGGACCAGCUGCCGAUGUUCGGCGGCGCCGUGGAGAUCGCAGACUUCUGUCCGUUCAGUCAGGAGUUCAGCUGGCACCUGAGUGGAGAAUACCAGAGGAACUCGUACUGCAGAGUGUCGGAGAACCAGCCAGACUGGGGGAGGAACUAUGGAGCGGAGCAGUACGGACCGGACUCUGUGUGUCUGAAUCAGAAGUCGGCCUUCGUCAUGGAGCAGUGCAGCAGGAAGAUGACGUACCCGGACUGGGGCUCCGGCUGCUACAAGGUGCGCUGCUCGUCCCGGGGCCUGGUGGUGCUGGUCCAGGAUCAGUCCUUCCUGUGUGUGCGUAAAGGCCAGCAGCUGAGCGUCAGCGUGCGGGUCACCGACUGGGUGUACAACGGGGUGCUGACGUGCCCCGCCUGCAGCGACUUCUGUGACGACUGCCCCCUCCCCCACCAGCUCCCGCCCAGCAACGCCUCCAGGAGCAACCCCAUUGACCCCUGCUCCAGCUCUCCAGGUCUGGCCGUCACUCUGUGGCUCCUGCUGCUCAACCUGCUCCCCCUAGUGGCCGGACUGCUGCUGUGCCACUGCAGCUGAUGAAGCCACACACACACACACACACACACACACACACACCCCCGUGUCAGAUCCUGUUUUUUGGACCCGAUCCUGUCUUUCUAUUGGCUGUUGGAUCAGCUGCUCUGGUGCUCCUAAAAGAAGUUCAGUUUUAAAUCAACAAACUAACCAAAAUCUUUUUUUAAGAUCUUCUAAUCCUCCGAAUUGUUCCACCAGAGAACCUGUGAUGAAAAUACUCUCUCAAAGAAGCACUUCCUGUGUUUAGACGUUUAAAUGUAUUGUUAUUAUUAUUAUUAUUGUUCUGUGAUGUCACAGUUUAGUUUCCUACCUGACUAACAGCAGACGUCCUGGGGGUCAGAGGUCAAACAACCAAUCAGGAGGAGACAUGUGAGCUUCAUUGAUUAUUGAUUAUUGUCCUCUAAUUUAUAAUCGGAAGACCGGCUGCUGCUCGUUUCUCUUCUUUUUACAGUUUGUUUGAACCAAUGGGAGCAGAGUAAAGCAGUGCAUCAUGGGGGAUUGUUUGUAAAGCAGGGAUCAACGUGAACUCUUGUGACUUCCUGCUCCUCAGAUGUUCAGGUCAAACCUUUGACCUUUGACCUCCCUGACCUUAUCAAACUCUUCUUCUGUUCUUUAUUGUUACUUCCUGUUGACCUGCUGUGUGAUAUUAUAUUUAUAUUAAGUUGAACAAAACAAAGUGCUGCUUGUUUUCAGAUGGAAAUAUGAUUCUUUAUGACUCAUUAAUGUUAAGAUGUUUAUUGUUGGCCUGAAUCUGAUUGGAGGGUUUUGUUGGAAGAAGUCUGCUCUGAUAGAAACAUCAGAGUUAUUAUUACUUUUAGUCAAAUUGCUGCUUUUUAAAACCAAUCCGAGACGUUUGUCCCUCAGAAUAAACUUCGUGUCCCGGAGA